AUGAUGGUUGACCGCAGUUGGCUCGACCGCGGUUGUCUUGACCACGGCGACACCGGGGGCCUCCUUGGCGCCGCGGUGGCUCGCGGUGGCCGCGGGGACGUCCCCAGCUCGACGUCGUCCCCCAGGUACGCCAGCCUGUACUUCUGCUGCGCCAUCGAGGGCCAGGACAACGAGCUGAUCACGCUGGAGCUCAUCCACCGCUACGUCGAGCUGCUGGACAAGUACUUCGGCAGCGUGUGCGAGCUGGACAUCAUCUUCAACUUCGAGAAGGCCUACUUCAUCCUGGACGAGUUCGUGAUGGGCGGCGAGAUCCAGGACACCUCCAAGAAGAGCGUGCUCAAGGCCAUCGAGCAGGCCGACCUGCUGCAGGAGGUGGGGACACCCCGAAAAUCCACCGGGAGGGGCUGGGGGACCCCAAAAGUCCUGGGGGGAGCUUGUGGGGUCAUCAUGGAUCCAAAAAAUCCAUGGAGGUUCUUGUAG